CCGAUGUUGAGAAUAAUUAAUUGCAACUUUGCAAAGAACUGAUUACAAAAAGCUCCUUGUGAAAAAUGUUUGUCUUCUCUACUACAGAAAGAUCCCGUUUCUUUAGAUGUUCUUGUCAGCUUCGUCUAUACUGUCCCGCCACCCAAGAGCGCUCUCGUGUAAGAAUUCUAGGGUAGUUUGAAUAAUCUUCGCCACUUUUACUUCACUAUUGCUUGGACACGAAGAGGUUCUUGAAAUAUGUACAGUACAUAUAUUUUGAUUGCUCUUGAUUCCCUAAAAUUUAAUUCUUUUUUUGCUCGAAGUUGUCUUUACUAUAUUGCGAUAUAGGAACGGAUUUUCAUAAUAUUCUAUGGUUGAAAACCUAUUGUUGAUCUACUAGAUAGUUCGCAUCUUCCAGGAUGUCACAAACAGGCGACACUACUAGCUACUACCACUACUAGUUAUAUAGCAGGCAGCUAUAUUUGGACAAACUGUCGUUUCAUAGAUUUACUUGUGGAUAGAGCCAUAGCAUGUAUAUCACACAGCGCCACAGGGCACUGGGAUGUUGGCAUCGGAUUUGCCCUCCAAAGACCAGCUAUGUCACUGGACAAACUACCCGGGGUAUUUUUUAACCCCACGAGGGAUUUCCAUCCAUCAACAUACUCAGCUGUAGGGAUUUUACUUUCAUUGCAGAUUGAAGGGUUCUGUUCGCCGUGAAAGUCAGUCCUUUUGGUUGGCAUCCCGACGGCUGAGUCGGACACGCCAAGACGUGGACCGGCGGAAGGACGGGAUAGGAGUAUGGAAUCUACAUCCAUCCAUCCAUAUAUAGUAGUAGUGCUGACGUCGCUGGGGAGCGGGAGACGUGUGAACCUCGACUUCGCCAUUGUCCCGCACGGUAUUACUCACUACAUUGUCUCUAUCUCUUCAGCAAACAAUGUGCACUGGUGGACUCACAUCGGAAUUAGUUAGCCCCCAUUUCAUGGAAUCAUGGAAUGCCGCCGCUACGGAUACAGGCCUUCACGACGAUGGAUCUACCUGGCUACCCUCGUUUUUAGCGUCCUAGGAGGCGGCUAUCUGUUCUUGCGGACGCAUGGCGCUACACAUUAUCAAGAACUGAAACUCAUCGCGCCGUUUAAUUUUCUUUUCCCUUCCCCUCCGGAACACGCCGAAUGCCCCUCGAUUCGGGGUCUAGAUGACAUCCACGUCAUCCUGAAGACCGGCGCGACUGAGGCCCUGGCGAAACUUCCGGUCCACCCCAACACCACCUUACGGUGUAUCCCUCACUUUACUAUAUUUUCCGACUACGAAGAGGAGAUCUCCGGGCUCCAUAUCUAUGAUGUGCUCCGUGGGGUUAAUGACACGAUGAAAAACACGCGUCCCGAAUUCAAACUAUAUACUAGCCUACAAGAGUCAGGGAGGGAGGUCCUAUCGACGUGGAAUGUGACAGACGAUGAGAGCACCCCUCGCGGAAAGCCGAACAAUCCAGGCUGGGUCUUGGACAAAUGGAAGUUCCUCCCCAUGAUGCACGAGACACUCCAAGUCCGCGCAGACGCCAAUUGGUAUGUCUUCAUGGAGGCUGACACGUACAUCAUCUGGCCGAACUUACUCGCGUGGCUGCGCCAAUUCGACGCGGAUAAACCGUAUUACCUAGGCUGUCCGGUGCAGCUUUACAACAACGUUUUCGCUCACGGAGGAUCGGGAUUCGUUCUCUCCCGCGCGGCGCUGAAACGCGUUACGGAAUUCCACUCCACCCGCGUGGAGGAGUGGGAUGAAUUUACCGCUCGGGAAUGGGCGGGUGACUACGUGCUGGGCAAGGCAUUAAUGGACGGAGGUAUUGGCUUGCACUGGUCGUGGCCCAUGUUGCAGGGCUCGACGCCAUGGAGCUUGGACUAUAUGUCAAAAAGAUAUGACAAUUUCCCCUGGUGCUACCCUCCGGUAACCUACCACCAUAUGACUCCAGAUGAUAUUCGGGCGAUUUGGGACUUUGAGAGGAAUUGGCGCAGGGGGAAGAAUGGAAAUACGCUCGUCCUGCAUCGCGAUGUUUUUCAACAACUCGUCCAGCCGGGGUUCCGCAAACGCGAGCAAGAUUUGGAUAAUGAGUCGCCUGAUAUUGUCGAAAACGUGGGGAACGAAAAGGAUUGUGCUCAACGCUGCGUCGACGAUGUUAAAUGCUUCCAAUACUCCUACGAGCCGGGAAAUUGCCGGACGUCGAAGUUGGCGAAGGUUGGUGUCAGGAAACCUGGGGUUGUUUCAGGCUGGAUGGUCGAAAGGAUCAAUCAGGCGACGAAGAGCCUGGGUUCAUGUGAAGAGAUAAAAUGGAUUCGCCCAUGAGAGAUUAUAUAAAAUCAUGUGCCGGUAUAUUUUCCUAUCGAGCGAUCGUCGGGAAGCGCAGCAUACUUAAAAAUUAGGCCGACAUAAAAAACAAAGGACCUGUAUAAUAAAUAUAAUAUAAUGAUAAAAAAUUUAACGAAAUGGCUGAGAAAUGCCAGUCAGUCAUCAUAUCUUGCAGACCAGGUCGUCCCAGCACCGAGGUUCUCCGUAAUUUUAGAAGUGCUAUAACUACUAGCUUUCAACAUUGCAGAGUGAGGAGCGGAAGAAGUCAGAUAGGUAAAGGAAUCACCUAUGGAUAUCCGUGACAGCACAUCCAACCAGCAUGAGGGGGGAUAAGCGACGCAGCGGAGUAAAUGGAAGGAUGAAUGUAAAUAAUGAGACUUUUAAGAAUUCGGGGAGAAGCAAGAGAAACGCAAGCAGUGAGAGAAAGUAGAGAUGCUCCGAAAGCUGGACUGACUUAAA